GAAAAAAUAUCUUCAUGUUUUGUAUCUUUCUUUUAUAACUCACAUAAUUCUCUUCCAGAAUUCUUGGAUUUGUCCCAAAUUAAUUGGAGCCCCAAGAAGAAGAACAAUCUUCAAAAAAAAGGAAGAAGAAAAUGUGUAAUCAUCAUGAUGAUCAAUCACAAGACAACCUCCCUUGUCUCCAUUGUCAACCACAUUCAUACAUUCACAUGGUUCAACAUAUGAUAGAGAGAUGCAUUCUACUUCGUAUGACUCGUGAUGAAUGCGUCAAGGCGUUAGACCACCACGCAAACAUUCUACCGGUCGUUACGCUCACCGUUUGGAGAGGACUCCAAAGGGAAAAUAAGGACUUCUUUGAAACGUAUGGGCAUUUCGUCUCUCCUAGGCCACUCUUAAGUGGAUAUGUUCGGAGAUCGCCAAGAAUUGCGAGAAGGAUAUAGUGAAAGACUUUGCUUCAGGCUUCUAGAUAUGUGAGAGAAAAAGCUUAAAGGGCUAUGUUAUUAAAGAUAGCAAAGAUGAAUUAGUCGUGCUUAUAUGUAGAUCAUGUGAAAAAGGUUUCUUUAUUGUGUGAUCUAUUUCUAAGCUUACUUGUUUAGAUGCAGUCUAGUAAUUGAAAACUCUUACAAGAAUUAUUUUACGUUGCUGUUAUUUCUUUUUUUUUGUUAUUUUUUUUUUCUUUUUCUUUUCUUGCUGUUAUUUCUUGCUUCAAGUGAUUCCAUCGCUUGGAUAAAAGACAUAAAGAACUAGUGAAACAUUGGCUUAU